AUGUACCGGAAAAUGGAGCAAUAGUAAAACAGGUUUGGCCAUGGUUGGUAUGGACACAACCAUCUUGAAGGUUGGUUGGUUCAAGUAUGUUAUGAACCAAAGAUUUACCAAAAGAGGCAAAUGCAGAGGAAUCAUAACAGUUAGCACACGCAUUACUAUUUCCUGAAACAAGCAAAUGCAAUCUGACUUUGGAAACAGAAUUGAAGAGGAAUCAGAAGAAAGGUGGUGGUGUUGAGAAAACGAAAAGAGAGACUGAAGAGAGGAUAAGUUCCUCUCUCGGUGACAGAAAUCAAAUAACCCUUUUGAUUGUUUGGAGGAAAAGAUGAGUAGGGGAACUAUAGAAGAUGUGGCAAUUAUAGGAGGAUUGGUUGGAGUCCAAUUUAUCUAUGCAGGGAAUGCUGUGUUCAUGGGUUAUGCAUUAUCAUUAGGCUUCAGCUCUCUCACCAUUAUCAUUUUGACUUCUUUGGCUACAUUCCUUGUUCUGUUCCCCGUUUCAUUUUUCUUUGAAAGGAGCAAGUGGCCGAAGAAUUGUGAUUUCAAGUUGAUUAAACAGCUAUUGUGUCUAUCGUUUGGAGGACUGUUGUUCCAGUAUUUAUUCCUCAAGGGACUCGAUCUAACUUCGCCGGCAAUGGGAACUGCUAUGCCAAACAUUGCCCCAGGUCUUAUCUUCAUCAUUGCAUGGAUUUCUGGGUUAGAGAAAGUGAACUUAAACAAUCAGUAUAGCAAAGUAAAAAUCAUGGGAACAGUGCUUUGUGUCUUGGGAGCUCUCACAAUGAGCAUAAUGCAAAGCAUUUCGACUGCUGCACCCGAGCAAAAUUCAACACUUCCAUUAUCAAAGACUCCAUCAGGUUUUGUCUUUAACACACAAAAGAUGAUCGGUUGCUUCUAUCUCGUGGUUGCAGUCGUGAUUUUGUCGAGCAACGUCGUUCUGCAGGCUUUUACUCUUGGAGAUUUUCCGGCACCGAUGUCCUUGGGUGCAAUAACGUCCUUGUUGAGCGCAUUCAUGACUGCAACCAUUCAGGUGCUUGAGAAACACAGGCUGAAAACUGGGCGGCUACUUCUGAGGUCUGGAAAUUUAAUUGGCUAUUUUAUUAUGGCAGGUGCUGUGAGUGGAAUAUGCCUGAGUUUCAACGGGUGGGCACUGAAGAAAAAAGGGCCAGUUUUUGUCUCCAUGUUCAGCCCCAUUGGUACAGUUUGCUCUGUCAUUUUCGCGGUUAUUAAACUUGGAGAAAGUAUGAGUACUGGAAGUCUUGGAGGCAUGUUUCUCAUGUUCACUGGACUCUACUUGGUUCUCUGGGCCAAAGGGGAAGAAGGACUGCCAAAUGGAAAUAGCUUAGAGAGUGAGUUUGACAUAGAGAGGCCUCUUUUGUGUUAACGUGUUUUUCAAAUGACAACGUGUAAAAUGUACUUGUCUCGUCCCACUAGAAGCAGAGCAAAAAACGAGGUUUGGUUAAGUCGGUUGAGAUAAUAACAGUGAAUUGCUUUAACGUGGUUAAUAUAA